UUGCUGCCCUCUGCUGGUCAGAAGUGCGUAAUGCAACUCAAGGAGAGAAAUUUCCUAGGGGCGUGCCAGCUGGUGGAUGACGUAGAAACCAGGCGUCCUGAGAUAGCCGGUUAUGCCUGCGUCAGCUGUGCGCGCCGCGGGAAACCUGACAAGCCGCAUGGCUGCGGGUUGUUCAGAGGCUCCGCCGCCGAAGGCGGCCUCUGAGGGCCCGGUGGUGGGGCAGGCCGGCGUCUUGCCUUGCCUAGAGCUGCCGACUUACGCUGCCGCUUGUGCGCUGGUGAAUAGCAGCUACUCUUGCCUGGUGGCAGGUCCGCACCGAAGACACAUCGCCCUGUCGCCGCGCUACCUUAACCGGAAACGCACCGGUAUCCGGGAACAGCUAGAUGCGGAGCUCCUACGCUAUUCCGAGAGCCUUUUAGGUGUCCCCAUUGCAUAUGAUAACAUCAAAGUAGUGGGUGAACUGGGAGAUAUUUAUGAUGAUCAAGGACACAUUCAUCUUAACAUUGAAGCAGAUUUUGUUAUUUUCUGUCCUGAACCGGGGCAAAAGCUUAUGGGUACAGUUAAUAAAGUGUCUUCCAGCCACAUUGGCUGUUUAGUACAUGGGUGUUUCAAUGCCUCCAUCCCUAAACCUGAACAGAUGCCUGUAGAGCAGUGGCAGAACCUGGAGAUAAAUGUGGGUGAUGAACUAGAAUUUGAAGUAUUUCGUUUGGACUCAGAUGCUGCUGGAGUAUUCUGCAUUCGGGGAAAAUUAAAUACCACUAGUUUACAAACCAAGUGCUCUGCAGUUUCUGAAGGAGUAACAGAAACUGGCACUGAAGAAAUUAUUGAAAAACCUCUCAAGAAGAAGAAAAAGAAAAAGCAGAGAGACCCAGAAUCAUAUGAAGUGGAAAGUGACAACAGAGAGCCAGCAGCCCGUGCAGAUGCCACAGUGAGGGAAGAGACAGCCCUGCAGGGUGGUGAUGUGGACGGCCUCUGGAGGGCUGAGCCAAAGCAGCAGCAGAGGCACUGGGAAGAUCAGGGCCAGGACCCUGUUUUCCAAGGCAGUGACUCCAGUGGUUACCAGAGUGACCGUAAAAAGAAAAAAAAGAAAAGGAAACACAGUGAGGAAGCUGAAUUUACCCCACUUGUGGAACACUCACCUAAAAAGAAAAGGGAAAAGUAAUUUCCUUUAGUGCAUUUUAAAUAUUCAGCUUUUUAAAGAUUUAGAUACAAGAUGAAUAAAUGUGGGAAUGGUAUGAAAUGCUUGUGUAUUCCCGUAGUCUACAAAACAGGAAAUGUUUGAUUAGUUUUUGGUGCUUCAGUUAUUACAGUGAUGAUUACUGUAGGGAAUACCAGGAUUAUUAAACUGCCAUUUUAUUGUAUACAGAAUAAAAAGGUAAGAGCUACUCUUUCAAGUCUUGCAUAUUCCCAGUUUUUACAUCUAAAUUAGAUAAAAUUAUUCCUAUACUCUGAAGACUGGCAAAGGGACUUUGUAAUACAGUGUUAUUCAUAUCAUUCAAGAAUGAGUUGGAGCUUGGGUAUGUGUGUGUGUUUUUUUUAAUAGGUUUGACCUUUAGUCAUAAUUUAGGUUUUUUGGGGGUUUUUUUGGGUCAUGGCUACUACAGUGAUUAUGUGGUUCAACUUAACAGGAACUCCUUUGGCAACCAUUCUAAGUCUCCAGAGCUCUAAAGAACCAAGCCACUAUUGACUGUGGUAGGAAACAUUGUUGACUAUUCUUUCCUUCCAGAUGGAGGUUGAUGGACAAGGCUGUUUCCUUGUACGUAUUUGUGCCUCAACCAUUCUGCUUUUGCUGUGUUUGGAGGAGCAGAGUCUGACUGAUUAAAACAUGAUAAAUGCCACUUGUCAUAGUGGGGAUUUUCUCAACUACUUUUUAAUGAUUAGGUUAAGGCACUAAAAAUGGUUUAAGAGAAAAUUUCAUUGAGAAAAUGUGGACUGUUUUAACUACUAGAAAACACAGAGUAAUGAAAUAAGCUGGUUCUGGCCACAUUGAUUUAACAGUACCUGAUCACCUGACCAUGGCUAUGUGUAACAUCUAAGGAAAGAUGUAGUUCCUUCCAUUAUGGAGUGUCAUAGGAGAUACAGAUGCACACAUAUAAGUAAGGAAAUACAGAAAAUUAAUAAUUCUGGUAAGUACUAACAAGACUAUCUACUCACUGUUAGCUGUGUCAAUAUCUCUAAGUGGAUGAAUGGUUGAAAUGAACUUCACAUGGCAACUAUUGUUUCCACUUUUCUAGUAUCCGAUGUAACACUGGUUUCACAUGGUUUAAUUUUACUCUUUAAAUUCUGCUAGUAGUACCUGAUCCGAAUCUGUAAUGAUAGAAUAUAGAAUUUGGGGAGUAGCAUAUAUUCACACGUUUGUCCCCAAGUAACUUAAUAAGACCAGACAAUGGAAAGAUACAGAGCAAUUUCUUUUCCUACAAUUUAGUGUGGGUAUUGAGCCCUUAAAAUAUGGCUAAUACAAAUUGACAUGUAUCAGUAUAAAACCCAAGAUUUUGAAGAUGUACAAAGAAUGUAAAUAUCUCAAUUUUGUAUAUUGGUGAAAUUAUUUUUGGUAUAUAGUGUGUUAAAUAAAAUUUCAGCUUUUUUUGACUUUUUUUUGCUA